AUGAUUUUUGAGUGGUCUUGGGAAUCUGGAGAGGUCCCGGCUGACUGGAAGCUGCUGAACGUUGUCCCAGUUUUCAAGAAGGGCGAGAAGGAGGACCUCAGAAACUACAGGCCUAAGUCCUGGGGGGAUUUUGAGGCAGCAGGUCUGGGGGAUGGAUGGGCGUGGCCCCCAGCCCUUCCCCCCGGGGAAAUUUUGGGUGGGCGCGGCCUCCCGGGUCACUGGGCUGCAUCUCCUGUUUUUGGGGCCUCGGCGGGGACAGUGGGGGGAUGGAGGGGGCUCCCCAAAAUCGGAGGCCUCUCCCAAACUGGGGGGUCACAAGACCCCUGCUCAUCCUCAUCCUGCUCCUCGCAGGCUCCCAGUGCUCCCAGACCCCCCCCCGAAGGCUGCGCCUCGUGCCCGACCCCCUCCCUGCCUCCCCCCCCGGAGCCCCCCCAGACGCCGACCCCUGUGAUCGUGACCACCGGGAGCCCCCCGAGCCCCUCCUGCUCCCCGGCCCCGCCCCGGGGGUGGCUCCAGGUGUGGGGGGGGCCCCCCUCCCGCGAGGGGCCCGUGGGGACCCCCCUGACCCUCGAGUGCCACUUCCGAGGCCCCCCCGACACCGCCCUGACCUGGCUCCAGGCGUGUCCCCCCGGGCUCGGGGAGGUCCCCCAGAGCUGCCCCUGGCCCCAGGAGGUGGUGGCCACCCGGGGGGGCCGCCGGAUGGACCGGGUGGUGCAGGAAGGGGGGGGAAGCUCCACCCUGACCUUCCCCAAACUGUCCCACAACGACUCCGGGCUCUUCUUCUGCCGCGUGGAGUCCGGGGGGGAGACGGCCCAGAGCUGCGGCACCUUCGUCAGGGUCCUCGAGCCGGUUCCCGCCCCGUUCCUGGCGCUGAGGGAGAGCACCAAGAACCGGAUCCUGACGGCGCAGGGGGUGCUGCUGCUGCUCUGCUCGGCCGGGCCGGGGCUGCUGCUGCUGCUCAGGAAGCGCUGGGCCAACGAGCAGCUGCUGCACCCCGAAAAAACCACAUGCGAGGAGGAAAACCUCUACGAGGGGCUGAACCUGGACGAGUGUUCAAUGUACGAGGACAUUUCCCGGGGGGUCCAACCCACCUACCAGGACGUGGGGACCCUCCCCGGCGACUCCCAGCUGGAAAAGCCCUGAGGGACCCCCCGAAAAAGGGGGGUGGGACCCCCCGGGAAGGGGUUUGGGAUCCCCUGGCUCUGCUUGGCCCCCCCGAUGCUCUGCUCUGGUGACACAAGGCCAUGCUGACCCCCCCCAAAAUAAAGCUGCUGCACUGCCGGACGGGUUCUGUGGGUUUUGGGGGGUUAAUUACUUGUUAGUAAUUAACGAGUGGUUAAUUAAUCAGCAAGGGGAGGCAGGUGAGAGCAGAGAUGCCUCAGAGUCUGAUGGGAAGGGGGGUCUUGUAGUGACCCCCUAUUUUUCCCCUAUUAUCCCCCAUUUUCCUUCUUCAUCCUCUAUUUUCCCCAUUUUCCCUCAUUAUCCCCCAUUUUCCCCAUUACCCUGUUUUCCCUCAUUUCCCCCAUUUUCCCCCCAUUUUCCCCCAUUUCCUCCAUUAUCCCCUAUUUCCCCUUAUUUCCCCCAUUCCCCCCCAUUUUUCCUCAUUAUCUCCUAUUUUCCCCAUUAUUCCCAUUUCCGCAUUAUCUCCUAUUUUCCCUCAUUUCCCCCCAUUAUCCUCUAUUUUCCCCUCACUCUCCCAUUUUCCCUCACUU